GAACCGGACGCGGGUGCCGCGGGUGUCGUCGCGGGCGCCGCCGGAGCCGUAGAAGAGGAGCGGCAGGAGCCGAAAGCUAAGAAGCACCGGCCGAUGCCGCAAACGACAACGAAAACAACAAAAGAGGAAACUCGGCCGAGCGCCGCUAAUGCAGCCCGCAAGGGUUCCGUGAAGCCAGCGGAAGCGACGUCCGGCGCGGCACGACUGGAGGAGCACGCGAGCGACCGCAGCAACACGGAGGGCGAACCGGCGAGAGGAUCAACGGCUGCUGCUGCUGGCGACGCCGAUCAUAUGGUUGGGGCUCGUCACUGUCCGGAUUUAGGUCCUGGGUCUGGCCCAGAUGUAAGACCAGGGUCCGGUCCGGAUUCACGUCCCGAGUCUGGCCUGGAUUUGGGUCCUAAGUCUGGUCCAGACGUAAGACCUGGGUCUGGUCCAGAUUCGGCUUCUGGUCCUGGUCCACAUUCAGGCGCCGGGUCCAGUCCACGUCCGGGUGGCGAGGCUGGUCCGUUAACGUGCCGUGAACCGGUUUGGAAUGCGAGUUCCAAGUCCGGUGGCAACGCCACGGAGAUAUCGGCCGGCGACCUGCGCGUCAGCACCGUCAACCGCCAAGGGUCGGGACGCAGCAAAGGCGAGGCCUCGGAACCCGACGGUGGGCGGCGAGUUGUGGUCUCGCAGGAAACCGGCGAGGGCGAUGAGGACGGGGCGGUGGACGUCACAGGACCGGAAAGGGAGGACGGCAUCGGGGGCGCAGCGGAAGAUGGUGGGGAGCGCACGGAAGUGAACUGUGCGGACCGCAGGGCGGUUUGCAUGGGUGGCGCCGACGGUGGACGAGACGGGCACGGCAGUGCUGAUAAUUCUGCCGGAAUUGAUGGUGACUUGGGUGACGCUACCGUCAAUAGGGCUUCUACAGGAGAAGGUUCCGCUAGUGGUAGUGCUGUCACCGCUGCUGCCGCUAACAGGGGCAGUGAAGGAGGUGGUGACGUUGCAGCUGACGAUCAAAGCGGAAGAAGAGCGGGUGAAGAUGCUGGUCCUGUUCGCAGCGAUGGAGACAUUUCCGGCGCGGACCAAAGCAGGGGUGCACUCGCCAAUGUCGGUGAUAAAACCAACGGUGCCAGUGCUGCGACUGCCCGUAAAGUCGGCAUUGAUGAUGGUGAAGAUGGAGUGGUUCGUGCUCACGACGCGAGAGGCGGCGGUGGACAUAGCGACGGUGUUGGUCAUCCAGUCGGCGGUGGAGACGUCGCCAUUGGCGAUCCAGCAGCUGCGGGCGCGAGCAGUGCAACUGUUGACCAAACCGGCAGCGGAGGAGUCGCCAGUACCGGUGGCCGUCGGGCGAGGCGUGGAGCAGACGAUCGUGCCGGAGACUGCGAUGAACCCGCCGGCGACCAGGUCGGAGCUCGAGGUAAAGCGUCGGGCCGCACGGGCGGUGACGCGGUUGGGACUGGGCGACCUCUGGCUGGAGACCAAACCCCCCCCGUUGCUCAACGUGUCCAUCCCGUUGCUGGAGGUGGACACGCUGCCGGUGGCGGUGAUGGCGGCGGCAGCGGUGGUGGCGGUGUUGCCCGUGGAACCUCUACCGCUGCCGCCGACGGAGGCGAUCGUCGAGCCGUAGCUGGAGCCGGGGCGGACGAUGGUCGGGAGGCGUCCGGAGGUCAGGGGAGGAGUGGGAUUGGCGGCGGCGGCGUUGUUUCUGCUGGCGCUGAGAAAUAUGGGAAUGAAGCCGAAGAAGCCCUUGGCGUUGAUCCAGAUAGAGGAGGAAAAGGAGGUGGAGAUAGAGAUGGUGCUGCUGCUGACGAUGGUCAGACUGAUAAUGAAAAUGAUGCCGAUCAAAGCAGUGAUGGAGAUGUUGGUGAUGUUCAUGUAGUCAAGGGUGGAGAUGGUGAAGUCAAGAGUGGAGAUGGUGGUGCUGAUAAACUGGAGGGUGGAGAUAUUGCUGGUGCGCAUGAAGUCAAGGGUGGAGAUGUUGCUGGUGCUGAUGAAGGCAAGCGUGGAGAUGAUGAAGGCAAGCGUGGAGAUGAUGAAGGCAAGCGUGGAGAUGUGAUGAAAUCUUGGGUGGAGAUUGUUGAUGAAAUCAUGGGUGGAGAUGAUGAACUCAAGGGUGGAGAAGUUACUGGUGUUAAUCGAGUCAAGGGUGGAGAUGUAGCUGGUGUUGAUCAUCUCAAGAAGGGAGACGUUGGUGUUGAUCAACUGAAGAAGGGAGAUGUGGCUGGUGUUGGUCAACUCAAGAAGGGAGAUGUUGGUGUUGAUCAUCUCAAGAAGGGAGAUGUGGCUGCCGUUGAUCAACUCAAGAAGGGAGAUGUUGGUGUUGAUCAUCUCAAGAAGGGAGAUGUGGCUGGUGUUGAUCAACUCAAGAAGAGAGAUGUUGGUGUUGAUCAGCUCAAGAAGGGAGAUGUGGCUGGUGUUGAUCAACUCAAGAAGAGAGAUGUUGGUGUUGAUCAGCUCAAGAAGGGAGAUGUGGCUGGUGUUGAUCAUCUCAAGAAGGGAGAUGUUGGUGUUGAUCAGCUCAAGAAGGGAGAUGUGGCUGGUGUUGAUCAUCUCAAGAAGGGAGCCAUUGGUGUUGAUCAACUGAAGAAGGGAGAUGUGGCUGGUGUUGAUCAACUGAAGAAGGGAGAUGUUGGUGUUGAUCAUCUCAAGAAGAGAGACACGGCUGAUGUUGAUCACCUGAAAAAGGGAGAUGUGGCUGGUGUUGAUCAACUGAAGAAGGGAGAUGUUGGUGUUGAUCAUCUCAAGAAAAGAGACACGGCUGAUGUUGAUCACCUGAAAAAGGGAGAUGUGUCUGGUGUUGAUCAUCUCAAAAAGAGAGAUGUAGCUGGUGUUGAUCAACUCAAGAAGGGAGAUGUGGCUCAUGUUGAUCAUCUCAAGAAGGGAGAUGUGGCAGGUGUUGAUCAACUGAAGAAGGGAGAUGUUGCUGGUGUUGAUCAACUCAAGAAGGGAGAUGUUGCUGGUGUUGAUCAACUCAAGAAGGGAGAUGUUGCUGGUGUUGAUCAUCUCAAGAAGGGAGAUGUGGCUGGUGUUGAUCAUCUCAAGAAGGGAGAUGUUGAUCAACUCAAGAAGGGAGAUGUUGGUGUUGAUCAACUCAAGAAGAGAGACGUUGGUGUUGAUCAUCUCAAGAAGAAAGACACGGCUAAUGUUGAUCAACUCAAAAAGGGAGAUGGGGCUGGUGUUGAUCAUCUCAAGAAGGGAGAUGUGGCUAGUGUUGAUCAACUCAAGAAGGAAGAUGUGGCUGAUGUUGAUCAACUCAAGAAGAGAGAUGUGGCUGGUGUUGAUCAACUAAAGAAGGGAGAUGGGGCUGGUGUUGAUAAUCUCAAGAAGGGAGACGCGGCUGGUGAUGAUCAACUCGAGAAGGGAGAUGUGACUGGUGGUGAUCAUCUCAAGAAGGGAGAUGUUGGUGUUGAUCAACUCAAGAAGGGAGAUGUGGCGGGUGUUGAUCAACUCAAGGGAUGUGUUGCUCAUGUUGAUCAUCUCAAGAAGGGAAGUGUGGCUUAUGUUGAUCAACUCAAGAAAGGAGAUGCUGGUGUUGAUCAACUCAAGAAGGGAGAUGUGGCUGGUGUUGAUCAACUCAGGAAGGGUGAUGUUGCUGGUGUUGAUCAUCUCAAGAAGGGAGAUGUUGCUGGUGUUGAUCAGCUCAAGAAGGGAGAUGUGGCUGGUGUUGAUCAACUCAAGAAGGGAGAUGUGGUGGGUGUUGAUCAACUGAAGAAGGGAGAUGUGGCGGGUGUUGAUCAACUCAAAAAGGGAGAUGUGGCUAGUGUUGAUCAACUCAAAAAGGGAGAUGUGGCUAGUGUUGAUCAACUCAAGAAGGGAGAUGUGGCUGGUGUUGAUCAACUCAAAAAGGGAGAUGUGGCUAGUGUUGAUCAACUCAAAAAGGGAGAUGUGGCUAGUGUUGAUCAACUCAAGAAGAGAGACGCGGCUGGUGUUGAUAAACUGAAGAAGGGAGAUGUUGGUGUUGAUCAUCUCAAGAAGGGAGAUGUUGCUGGUGUGGAUCAUCUCAAGAAGGGAGAUGUUGCCGGUGUGGAUCAUCUCAAGAAGGGAGAUGUGGCUGGUGUUGAUCAUCUCAAGAAGGGAGAUGUGGCUGGUGUUGAUCAUCUCAAGAAGGGAGAUGUUGCCGGUGUGGAUCAUCUCAAGAAGGGAGAUGUUGCUGGUGUGGGUCAUCUCAAGAAGGGAGAUGUUGCUGGUGUGGAUCAUCUCAAGAAGGGAGAUGUUGGUGUUGAUCAUCUCAAGAAGGGAGACGCGGCUGGUGUUGAUCAUCUCAAGAAGGGAGAUGUUGCCGGUGUGGAUCAUCUCAAGAAGGGAGAUGUGACUGGCGUUGAUCAACUCAAGAAGGGAGAUGUUGCUGGUGUGGAUCAUCUCAAGAAGGGAGAUGUGGCUGGUGUUGAUCAACUCAAGAAGGGAUAUAUUGGUGUUGAUCAUCUCAAGAAGGGAGAUGUGACUGGUGGUGAUCAACUCAAGAAGGGAGAUGUGGUGGGUGUUGAUCAUCUCAAGAAGGGAGAUGUUGGUGUUGAUCAACUCAAGAAGGGAGAUGUGGCUGGUGUUGAUCAUUUCAAGAAGGUAGAUGUCGCUGGUGUUGAUCAGCUCAAGAAGGGAGCCGUUGGCGUUGAUCAACUCAAGAAGGGAGAUGUGGCGGGUGUUGAUCAACUCAAGAAGGGAGAUGUGGCUGGUGUUGAUCACCUCAAGAAGGGAGAUGUGGCUGGUGUUGAUUCUCUCAAGAAGGGAGAUGUGGCUGGUGUUGAUCAACUCAAGAAGGGAGAUGUUGCUGGUGUUGAUCAACUCAAGAAGGGAGAUGUGACUGAUGUUGAUCAACUCAAGAAGGGAGAUGUUGCUGGUGUUGAUCAACUCAAGAAGGGAGAUUUGGCUGGUGUUGAUCAACUCAAGAAGGGAGAUGUGGCUGGUGUUGAUCAACUCAAGAAGGCAGACGCGGCUGGUGUUGAUCAACUCAAAAAGGGAGAUGUUGGUGUUGAUCAACUCAAGAAGGGAGAUGUUGGUGUGGAUCAUCUCAAGAAGAGAGAUGUGACUGGCGUUGAUCAACUCGAGAAAAGAGAUGUUGCUGGUGUGGAUCAGCUCAAGAAGGGAGAUGUUGGUGGUGUUGAUCAACUCAAGAAGGGAGAUGUGGCUGGUAUUGAUCAUCUCAAGAAGGGAGAUGGCGCUGGUGUUGAUCAACUCAAGAAGGGAGAUGUGGCUGGUGUUGAUCAACUCAAGAAGGGAGAUGGGGCUGGUGUUGACCAACUCAAGAAGGGAGAUGGGGCUGGUGUUUACCAACUCAAGAAGGGAGAUGUGGCAGGUGUUGAUCAACUCAAGAAGGGAGAUGUGGCUGGUGAUGAUCAAUGCAAGAAGGGAGAUGUGGCUGGUGAUGAUCAAUGCAAGAAGGGAGAUGUGGCUGGUGUUGAUCAACUCAAGACGGGAGAUGUGGCUGGUGUUGAUCAACUCAAGAAGGGAGACGUUGGUGUUGAUCAUCUCAAGAAGAGAGAUGUGGCUGGUGUUGAUCAACUCAAGAAGGGAGAUGUUGCUGGUGAUGAUCAAUGCAAGAAGGGAGAUGUGGCUAGUGUGGAGCAACUCAAAGGUGGAGAUUAUGGUGGCAUUCGUAAAGUCAAGGGUCGUGUUGACGAAAUGAAAGAUGUUGACGAAGUUAAAGAACUAAAAAAAGGAAUUGUUGCCACAGUUGAUGAAGUUGAGGGUGGAGAAGACGAUGUAAUUAUUGGUGGAGCCAAGAAGACAGCCGAUUCCGUUGACGCUCAAACCGAGGGUGGAGAUGGGGGCGGCGUCGUUGGAGACCAGGCUAACGGGAGAGAUGGCAGAGGAGACGCCACCUCUUCUGUCAGCUCAGCACCCAACAUCGGCGGGGACGACGACGAAGAUGAUUCCCUCAACGUGGACGAGUCUUGCGAUCGCGAAGGAGACAGCGCUGGUGAUGCUGCUGUUGCAGCCGCUCGUCGUCAUGAGCUCGGUGUCGGUGGAGCUGGAGGUGAAGUUGUCGGUGGAGCCGAUGGUGGCGAUGGUGGUCGCGUUGACAGGAUCCUUGCUGCUGAUGGCACAGCUGACGGCAAUGCUGCCGCUGAUGUUGGUGAGCACAAUGCUGACGGAGCCCUCGGCCUACAAGGUGACAAAUCUUCUGGCGCAGACGACAAACUGGACAAAGGGGCUUCGGAGGGCGAGGGGCACCCGGUCAAAAUAGCCGAUGGAGAAGGAGUAGAGCAAGCCGGACCGGGGGUUACGGGUCAGGAGUCGCACCUGGACACAAACUUCCGAGUGCACGGCCAGGACGAGUCCUCGAAGGAAGCCACGAGCGAGAAGAAAAAGAUUGUGAAGGAACGGUCAGAGGAGGACAAGGAGGAGAACAAGGAGGAGGAGCGGGAGGACUGCGGGAAAUCAGCGGAGAGAGGAGGCCACUCCUCGAAGAACGACGGCAAAGACCCCGACGUCCGCCUCCCCCCGGAGGACCCCGAGGCCCAGCAGCGGACUGCCAACGAGCCGGCGCAGCCCGAGGCCGCCGAAGCGGCAGGAGAUUCGGCCAAACCCGAAUCGUCGGCAACGGCCGGGGACGCCGGCCGGCUCGAAACGGCGACGGAGACGACUCCGGGAGUCGGCGGCGAGGAGGAGGACACGACGUCCGCGGGUCGCCAAAUGGACGCCGGCGAUUUGAGGCCUCCAGACUGCGACGCCGGCCGAGCGGCCGCCCCUGGCAGGGGCGGCGGAAGGAGGCGCGGCGGCCGCGGGAAGGCGAGGGUGGUGGAGAGGAGCAAGCUGCCGUCGGCCGGGCAGGAGAGCGAGCAGCGGGAGGGAGGAGAGGGCGGAGAAGAGGGGGAGGGAGGAGGGGAGCCGAGGUGGACUCUACGGAGGUCGACGCGGAUCUCGCGCCUGCCCCCGCCGAGCUACGACGAAGCGGGGGCGGCCGCAACAUCGGCGGCAUCGGAGGCGGCGGCGGCGAAAGAGAUGAAGGGGAAACGCGGCCGGAGCGACGUGGCCGGGGACGUGGGGAGGUCGCAGGGGUCGAGGCAGGAGGCCGUCAAGCGCAAGCGCACGCCGGGCCGACGGCAAGGCGCCAACAAGCGCCCGCGUGGCGCCGGCGGCCGGAGCAAGCGCAAGCGUUGGUCGCGGUGGUGCAACGCGGACACGGAGAGCGAAGACGAGGAUGACGAGCAGGAGCAGGAGGAGGAGGAGUUCCUGAUGGACGGCCUGCAGCGCAACGACGACGACGAGGAGGGGGACGGCAUCGUCUACGGCGGGGCGCGGUGGCCCCGGCUGGCGCCCGCAGAGCGGCGCGCCGACGAGGCCAAGGCGACGGAGGGCGGCGGCGAGGCGGAGGGCGAGGAUGUGGAUGGCGAAGAGGAGGAGGAGGAGGAGGAGGACGAUGACGAGGAGGGAGGGGAGGUGGAGGAGGAAGGGAAGGAGGGGCGGGACAGCGGGCAGGAGCAGGUGGAGGUGGUUGAGGAGGAUCCCUGUAAGAAGUGUGGACUCUCCAACCAUCCUGAGCUGAUCCUGCUGUGUGACUCGUGCGACAGCGGCUACCACACGGCGUGCCUGCGCCCCCCGCUCAUGCUCAUCCCCGACGGGGAGUGGUAUUGCCCGCCCUGUGAGCACAAGAAGCUGUGCGUGAAGCUGCAAGAGGCGUUGACGGACCUCGACGCGAUGCUCAAGAAGAAGGAGCGGGCGGAGAGAAGGAAGGAACGGAGCAUCUACCUGGGAGUCAACACGGAGAACAUCAUCAAUCCGGCCAUCAAGGCGGAGAGCGAAGCUGCUGCUGCUGCUCCUUCCCGCUGCACGUCCCCGCCGGAGGCGCAGCGCGCGGAGCUGCACGCCCUGCUGCUGCUGGAGCGGCGCUCGGCACGCGCGAGGCGAGCGCCGGUCAGCUACCGCUUCGAGGCCUUCGACGAGGCCAUCGACGAGGCCAUCCAGUACGACAUGAGGGAGGUCGAGGGAGCCGGCCUCGGCAAGGACAUCGAGAACCUGAAAGCGUCCCGGCCCCGCCCGCCCGCCCCGGUGCAUCGUGGGAAGGACAUGUCGGCCAUCCUGGGGGCGGCCGUGGAAGACGGCGAUGAUGGGGGCGAUGCAGAGGAGGAUGAGGAUGAGGAGGAUGAGGAGGAGGAGGAGACGCGGGGAGCCGGGGGCAAAGGAGUAGUGCAGCCCAAGGAGGAGGAGGAGGAGUUGGUUUCCGGGGAAGGCGAGGUUACCGGGCGCGACGAGGUUGCCGCGGCGAUGGGCCGAGGGAGGAAGCGGAGGUACAGGAAGAGGAGGAGGCUGAACGCGCUGGACAGCGAGAGCAGCCGUGACGACUCGCAGGACGAGGAGUACCGCUGCGAGCAGAGCGAGGUCGAGGAGCAGCUAUCGGAGGCGGACUACGAGGAAGAGGAGGGCCUCAGCAGCGGGGGAUCGUCCGUCGGUUCGGCCCACGGGCCUCGUGGGGCUCUGAGGCGGGCGCGGGGCGGCCGGGGUGGACGGGGCCGUACCUCGUCGGCGAGGAAGGGCCGCAGGCUGAGGGGACGCCCCGGGCCGAAGAGGAAGAGGAGAAGGAGAGGAGGAUUCUCGGAUGACGAGGAGGAGGAGGAAGAGGAGGAGGAGGAAGAGGGCAGCGAGCUGGGGAGCGACGUGACGGACGAGGACCUGGUGGACUUCCGGUGCCGCCGGUCCCGGCGAGCGACCGCGGCCCGCUCGGUCAACUACCGCGAGGACUCUGAGAGCGCCGGGGAGGAGGGCGCCGGGGGCCGGCGGGCCGGGGGAGGGCCCCAGGGGCGCACCGCCACCAUGCUGGCCGCCUUCCGCAAGCGGAAACGGGGACGCAGCUCCGACAGCGAAGAGAGCGAGGCCUCGCGCAGCGACGCCUCCGACGACGACGGCCGCCCCGCCGUCAAGCGCCACCGCAACCGCCUCGACUCCUCGUCCUCAUCCUCCUCGCCCUCCUCGCCCUCCUCCUCCGCGUCGCCCGCACGGCGCGACGACGACCGGACGAACGGCCGGGAGGGAGCCGCCUCGUCGGAACGGGCGCCGGCCAACGGAGGAAGGACGACGGGCGACGGCGCCGGCCACGACGGGGGUCACCCGCCGCCGCCGCCGCCACGAGCCACCCCCGUCCCGCCGGGCCUGUCAACCACGAGGAGGAGGGUGGACGAUGACGACGAUGGCGGCGACGACGACGAUGCGGUGGAGGACGACGUCGAUGACGUGGAUCUCCUGGACGUCGCCGAUCUGGUGGAGUACGUGUGCAACAGCGGCAGCGUGCUCUAACCGCGACCGGCGGUCGUUGGUUCGUGGUUGGCCGCCGCGGUUGUUUGCCGGUGGCUCUCGCGAAGACGGAACUGUGUGGACGGGGGCCGCAGCCGUCGUGCGACGGUGUGUUCAUAUUUGACUCGCUCCUUUCUUUUUUUACACCACUUGACUUUAACCUCCCGGCUGUCGUUCGUGAGGGGGGGGGGGGACCGCACUGAACGGAACGAUUCCCCGCUCACCCUCCCGCUCCGCUCGCUCAGAUCCGCAACGUUGGCGCGUGGAAGAGGUGUUCAUUCGUAAGCCGCCUGUGAGCAAUAUGGCGGCGGCGGCGGUUGUUGUUGUUGAUGUUGUUGCGGCUGCUCGAAAAGGAACUAAUGACGGAGCAAUCGCCAAAACGGUGUUAACUUUUAAAACUUUAAUUUUUUUGUACUGUUAUCCAAUAAUGAUGCCACGUUAAACGCCCGCCCCACCCCCCUCCUCUUCCGGCGGUGGGGGUGGCGGUGGUCGUCGUGGUGGUCGUGGUGGUGGUGGGGGUGGGGGUGAUAGUCGUGGUGGUGUUGGCGGUGGCGGUCGUGGUGGUGGCGGUUGUUUUGAUUUAAUGAGCGGGGGAGCUGGAAUGAACGGGGCGAUCCCGUGCCCGCCGCGCUGCUCUAACGAACCACCGCGCCCCCCCACCUCCCUCCCCCGACACAAAGCGCCGUCCAAAUAUUUCUCAAGACGCGUUUGUAAUUAAAUCGCUCGCGCCGCUCGUCAUGAUUACCGCUAACGGCGUGCGACGGACGGGUUCCGGCGGUGGAAAUUCCACAUUACUGUGGCAAGAUGGAGCCUUGUACACCCCUCUCACCACCCCCACCGCCCCCCCCCCCCACCUCCAAUACAUGCAUAGCACGGCCUCCACGUCCGACAUCAUCUGCACAAAGUGGUACUCGUUUUAUCGACCGUGAAGAACCGAUGAAGAUGAUGGGCGGGGAUUUGAACUUGCGACCUUCAGUUUGCUGAGAAGUCGAUCUCCACUCCGCGGCCGGGAUGAACUGACAGUAGUCGUAGUGUUAUUGUUGUUGUUGUUAUCGUCAUCAUCAUACUUGUUAUUAUUGCCGUCGCAUAACUAUCCUUCGUGUACAUUCGUUCGUUGACGCUUUUCUACAAGAAGUGGGUCCGUCGCUGUGGGCGUGAAGCCGGCUCCACUCCCCCCCUGCCCCCCCCCCCCCCCCCCUCCGAGCAAUAGACCGAGCAACUCUGGUUGCUCAGGUUGUUGCAUGCAACUGCAUACCGGGUUGAGCGCCGCCGCGACCUUUGACCUUCACCGCAAAAUUAUUCCGGCAUCUGGUCAGUAGUUAUGGACCUCGCCCCCCCCCCCCCACUUCCCACUCGACUAACUUGGCGCGCGGGUGAAAGUCUGCAAACCUGAAACGGGCAACAUCUUCCUUACUUCCUGUCCCUUCCCUACAUCCAAAAUAAACCGCGCACGGCGCAGGCUGGUUGUGCCAGGCUGGUUAUGCCAGGCUGGUUGUGCCAGGCUGGUUGCGCCAGGCUGGUUGCGCCAGGCUGGUUGCGCCAGGCUGGUUGUGCCAGGCUGGUUGCGCCAGGCUGGUUGUGCCAGGCUGGUUGCGCCAGGCUGGUUGUGCCAGGCUGGUUGCGCCAGGCUGGUUGCGCCAGGCUGGUUGUGCCAGGCUGGUUGUGCUGGUUGUGCCAGGCUGGUUGUGCCAGGCUGGUUGUGCCAGGCUGGUUGUGCCAGGCUGGUUGUGGCAGGCUGGUUGUGCCAGGCUGGUUGUGCCAGGCCGGGUGUUCCGCGCCAGCUCCAAACGGGGAUCACGGUUUGCGUUUUUGGCGAGACGGGAAAGUCCGAGGCAGUGGCAAGAGACUUGCUGAAUGGUUUGACCCCAUUAAUGACCAAAAGACCUAAUCCUCGGCUACCCGUACCCGGCCGGGUAUCGGGUAGGGUACGGGUACCCGUUUGCGACCCUGGUGCGGCCUGGUACGGGUAGACCGUGAGUCACUGGUGAGUCACCGUUUGUCACUCAUUUCCCAACGUCUUGUCUCUUCUCACAAUUCAAGUUCCUAGAACCAACCCACCCGUGCCUGCAACAUGGCUUCAUCCCAGAGGUCGCAAUCGGGUACCCGUACCCUACCCGAUACGGGUAAAGAAUGAAAACCCGUUUGCGACCUCUGCUUUCUGGAGAUCAACACGGUGGGCGAAGACGGUGUGGUUGGUGUGGCCAGAAAACCACGGCCCCCCCCCCCGCUCACACAAACCGCGACCGUUGGAACUCGCUAAACUAAUAGGGGGUUUCCCCUUUUUUCUGGCAACAAAACUGACACCUUUUGCAAGGAA